CCUACUUUCCCAACACUGGUCUACUCCACUUGAAUCCCAAAAUGGUGCAACAACUCCGCUGUAUCAGCUCCACUUCUAUAUUCUCGCUCAUAAAACUCUCCAUUGACAGUGUAUAAAUACCCAUAGAUGAAUACUUCCCCUCAGCAACUAAAUUAAGUCCCAAUUCACAGCCUAAGAUGGCCAAGCUUUCCCUUCUCACACGCGUGACAUUCAAAGCCAUCUGCCUCUUGCUCCUAGCCAUCACCUUUGAGUGCGCCAACUCUGUCAGGGUCCUCCUCGAUGUAGACCCACAGCCUUCAGUCCUCCCCGAUCCACCCCAGCCAACCAAUCCUGUUGCAACAACUGUCCCAAAUGUAACUCCACAGGUGGGUCUGACCCCCACCACACUGCCAAAUGGCCAAAUCCCCGCCACCCCCGCAGCAGAUGACACUAACCCACCAUUACCAGAAUCUGAAAUCCCCAUUGUUGACAUCCCACCAAUAGCUAGCCCAGCAGCGGAAUCAGAUGCUGACUCACCACAACCCGAGCUCGAAGAACCCGACACCGUAGCAGCACCUGUUGCUGGCAUGGCACCGGUAGUUGGUCCCACAAUUACCCCAACUGGCACAGAAUCCCCCGUUACCACUACCACCAGUGCCACGGUGGCAAAACCUGUUGGUCCACAAACCCCUGCAUUAACCUUCUUCAUGCAUGACAUCCUAGGUGGUACACAUCCAUCGGCCAGGGUUGUCACUGGGAUCAUAGCAAACACCCAAUUCAACGGCCUUCCUUUCACACAGCCCAACGACAACAUCUUCCCACUUACCGGCGGGGUCCCACUGAGCAACGCAGACCUUAGCGGUAUCGUCAACAACAACAACCUCCCCAUCAUUGCAGGCCUCAACGGCGUUGGCCCCCAAGCUUCCACUGUCAUCCAAAACAGCGGCAACAACGACAUCAUUGACAGUAGUAAUGGUAACCUGCCAUUUGUCACUGCAGGGCAGCUGCCAUCCGGGCUCACACUCCAAAAGCUCAUGUUCGGAUCGUUGACAGUGAUUGACGACGAGUUGUCGGAAGGUCACGAUCUGGGGUCUCCUGUAAUUGGCAAAGCACAAGGGUUUUACUUGUCGAGCUCGUUGGACGGGACGAGCCAGACAAUCGCCGUGACGGUGUUGCUACACGGUCUCAGUGGUGGAGAUCACCUUCAGGUGGUGGAGGAUACUAUCAGUUUCUUUGGGGUGCAUCGAUCUGCAAUGCAUGAGUCUCAAAUUGUAGUGAUUGGUGGGACCGGGAAAUUUGAGAAUGCGAAAGGGUAUGCUACGGUUGAGACGCUUCAUCAAGAGGAUCAACAUGCCACGGACGGUGUUGACACGAUCAUGCAGUUCAGUGUUUACCUUUCUGAGUAGUUUGUGUUUGUAAAAUUUAUAAUUUACAGUCCUCUGGCUAUUUCAAUGUUCAUUUCAUGUAUCUUUUCGUUAGACGUGUGAAGCUA